GUCUUCGGGCCCGAAUAUUCCAACCACUCGUUGCGACACCUGGCCGACGUAUAAAGAGGUGCGCUUUGCGCAAAGCAGCAGCGACUCAACACAUCAAUUCACCACACUUCCCACUGCAGCCUAUCUUAUUGUGAAUUCACGUCCUGUCCACAUCGAGUUCACAUACCAAGAUGUCGAGCAACCGCAUCAAGAAGGUCGCCAUUGUCGGGGCCACCGGGCAUGUAGGCUCGCACAUCGUGAGCGAGCUGCUCAAGAAUGGCCGACAUGAGAUCACUGCUCUCACCCGUCAGGGCAGCAAUUCCAAGUGCCCUGAAGGCGUCAAAGUUGCUCCCGUAGACUACUCCAAGGAGGAGACCAUAGUCGAAGCACUGCGUGGCCACGACUUCCUCAUCAUCAGUCUCAGCACUUCUGCGCCGCCUGAUGUCCACCCUACCAUCUGCAGCGCUGCGGGCAAAGCGGGCAUCCAGUGGAUCAUGCCUAAUGCCUAUGGAAUGGAUCCCAAGAACGACAGACUUUUGAACGACAAUGUCUACGGCAAGGUCGUCCGAGAGGCCAUGUCGGACGUCAAGUCCGCAGGCGCUAAUUACGUCAUCCUCACUUGCGGCUUCUGGUACGAGUGGUCUCUUGUCGCAGGCACCGAUUUCUUCGGUUUCGAUGUCAAGGAUAAGAAAGCGGUCUUGUUCGACGACGGCACCCAGAAGAUCAGCACCAGCACACUCGCACAAUGCGGCCGCGCUGUCGCCGCGCUCCUUGAUCUUCCCGUUACCAAGGAGGGCGGCAAGCCCGCCCUCGAGGACUGGAAAGACAACGGCCUGUACGUGGCCAGCUUCCACGUGAGCCAGCGUGACAUGCUCGACAGCAUACACCGUGCCAUGGGCGAUUCAGACAGCGACUGGACCAUCAUGUAUGAACCUUCGGAAGAGCGAACGAACAAAGCGCUAGACGAGUUGAAGAAGGGCAGCUUUGCUGGGUUCGCGCAGGCGAUGUACACGAGGUACUUCUACAAGAAUGGAGACGGCGACUUUGAGACUAUGCACGGGCUGGCGAAUGAAAAGUUGGGCCUGCCGAAGGAGGAUUUAGAUGCGAUCACCAAAUGGACAGUGGACAAGAAGCUCAAGGAUGGGUUCGUGUAUGCGAACGAAUAUGCGAAGAAGCAUUUGAAGACGUAGUAGGACAUCUACGCUGAAGGUGGUAUUAAGAGUUUAGGGCAGUGAUUGGGCAAGGUUCUGGCGGACCCUGUCUGAUAGGGGCACCGAUGGGGAUGAUGUACGAAGCCAUGCAAUCUCAAAUUCCUGAUACAGUAAAUGUCCGAGUUGUUACAAGAUACUUUCAAUACUUUCAUCUAUGCAUGCUGCCAUCAUGAUUACUAGCCCAAAUACAGUUCACUGCCGGGUUAUCGGUAAUAGCGGAUCCC